AUGUGGAGGAACGCAGCGGCGAAGCCUGAAUACGCAACAGAAGACAUAGCCGUGUGGUGGGACAUGAACGACUGUCCAAUUCCCGAGGGUUAUGAUGCUCGCCGGGUCCGUCCGAGUAUAGAAGGCGCGUUCAAGAAACUAGGCUACUCUGGUCCUGUCUCCAUCACGGCCUAUGGCGACCAAACACAAACCCCUGCUCACCUCCUGCGAGGGCUCUCUUCCACUGGGGUCUCUGUUGCGCAUACCAUGUCCGAGAGCACAAGCUCAAGCAUGUUUUCGGAUAUGGUGAUAUGGCGAGGUCAUCGUCCUCCUCCGGCUACAAUGAUGCUCAUAUCCAAUCAGGUGGCAGAUGUCUUCUCUUGGGAUCUGGCCAGGCUACAACAACACACCAAAUACAACCUCUUUCUGGCUUAUUCAGUUACUUCUCAUAUAUGGUCAGUCCUGCCCUCUUCUGCAGAGUGGCUCUGGAAAGAAUUACUAAUGUCCUCCGCGGAUGAAAAAGUUAUCUCCAGUAAAUUACGUGCAGCCGACUUUUAUUGCAAGUCGUGCGGUUACCAGGACGAAGGCGUGGUGAAAUUCCGGAAGCAUCUUUCGAGUAGAGAUCAUGCAAUGAGAGAGAUUAGAAACCCUUGUGAUUGGCAACUUGACCCUAUAACGAGGAUGUGGGGAAGGAACUACCAGGCCAAGCCUGAACACGCGACAGCUAAAAUAGCGGUGUGGUGGGAUAUGAAAGACUGUCCGAUUCCCGAGGGUUAUGAUGCUCGCCGGGUCCGUCCGAGUUUAGAAGGCGCGUUCAAGAAACUAGGCUACUCUGGUCCUGUCUCCAUCACUGCAUAUGGCGACCAAAGACGAACCCCUGAUCAGCUCCUGCGUGGGCUCUCUUCCACUGGAGUCAAUGUUGCACAUACCAUUCCCGAUGUUACAUACACGCGCAUGUAUUCGGAUUUGCAUAAAUGGCAAAAGCUUAAUCCUCCUCCGGCUACAAUGAUGCUCAUAUCCGAUACUACGGACGACUUCUCAAGACCUCUUGCCUUCCUUCAACAAUUGACAAAAUACAACCUUUUUCUGGCUUAUUCAUAUAGGCCUUAUAAAAUGUCAAUCCUGGUCACCUCUGCAGAGUGGCUCUGGGACAGCUUACUGGCAGACACAGUUUCAGAGACAAGAACACACUUUCUUCAGAGGUGCAGUGAAGAGGGCGAAGAAUCUACCGGAAUGUUUUAUUGCAAAUUGUGCGAUGAUUGUGAUUGCAAAAACCUUGAUGAUUUCAGGAAGCAUCUCUCAAGUAAAGAACAUGCACUCGAAGAGCGUAGAUUUAUUGAGUCUAAGCAAUUAUCCGAGUACGAGGCACAACUAUCCCGAGAGGCAGUAAUAGACAAUUUUCCAAAGAGCAAACGUUUGAGGAAAACAUUUUAGACGGGCCUUCGUUUUCAUAAUCAUUUACUUCUUGCCAAUCGUGGAGUUCGACGUAGAUCUCAAACCUGCAAUAAAGAGUACUGAAAUGACCACCGGGCAACCAUCUGGCUGAGACGAGUGUGAGACAUGAUCAGCCGCCUGCAUCGAGAGUGGGAAAUGAAUUCGGUUGUGUUUUCCUUCUUAUGUUUCGUUUUUUCUCUUUGUAUCAUUUCGUCGGUUUGAACUAUUUAUUUUCCAUCUCGGUUUGUUUGUUUAUAACAAUUAAGUUAAAUUCUAUUAUUAACGAGCGAAUGUAAUCUCUAUA